AUGGACGAGGAUAUUCCUGAGAGGACUGCGGGCGUAGAUUCUGCGAACGUAGAGGGCAUAACUAUUGAUGGUGCUGAGGGGUCACCUGCUGAUCAUGCUGAGGGAUUCCCUGGUGGGCCACGUGACCCAUUAGUCCUAACUUCGUUUGGCGACCAUGUGGCACAUAGCAUCUGGAGUGGAGAGGAACGACUUGAGUUGAAGUUGGUCUCCCACGGUAGGAAGAUUGAUAAAUUUGGGAGGCCAGCGCCUGAGAUAGAAGGCCUAGUGGCGGCCACCGGAUUAAGUCCAUUGAUCAGGUGUUGUGCUGGGGUCUAUGCUUGGGGAGCUGCGGCGCUGGUGCACAUGUAUGACCAGCUAAAUGAAGCUUGCAAGACCCCUACACGACAAAUGGUUGGGUACUUGACUUUAUUACAAUGCUGGAUAUAUGAGCACUUUCCCAAUGUGCAUCAGUGCGUCACCGAUGAUGCGUAUGCUGAGAUGACCCCACGUGCCUCCCAGUGGCUGACUAUGAAGGCUCACAUGAGAGGGAUCACAAGAGCGCCGUACCAGGAACGUUUAGAUGCUUUGACGAUCACGGACGGUCAGCUGAGAUGGGGUCCUAUUGUGGUCUUUGUUCGACCAGAGAGGGUGGUACGACAAUUCGGGUACAUUCAGACGAUCCCUCCACCGCCUGUUAGUGCUUCACUAUCAUAUGAGGAGAUAGAUGAUAGGUGGAUGCAUUUCUUGGACCAUGUAGCACCUGCGACUGAGAUUUGUGUUGUCCCUGGACAGAAUGGUUGUGAAGGUUGUGAAGCGAUCGCAGAAAGAUUGGAGCGUGUGCUUAACCUCAGGAUGGUCACUGAAGGCAUAGAGUUACAUGAGAUCAUGCAAGAUUGCCUCAGGAUCGCUAGGGGUGACGCCUCAGAUGGAAGUCUUAGGGCACGACGUAGAUGCCGAAUAGAUCAUUGA